AGCUGCAGCACGCACACAGUUGGGGAACGUGCUGUGAGAUCCAUACCUAAACCCCAGGGUUACUGUCUGGACUGGCACCUGUCAUGACAAAAUGGAAGGCCGGCUGUCAGCGGAAGGGUUCGAGCAGCUGAGGCUGAAGAGCCGACCCGAGCUCACCUCCGCAUCUCUCACCCGACUUGGUUCUAACGUGUACAGUACUGUUCAGCAACAGGACUAUUCUGCAAGUGUGUGGCUAAGAAAAAAGGACAAACUUGAACAUUCUCAACAGAAAUGCAUUGUGGUCUUUGCCCUGGUGUGCUGCUUUGCAGUACUAGUUGCUUUGAUAUUUUCCGCUGUGGACAUUUGGGGGGAGGAUGAGGACGGAAUCACUGAAGACAACUGUAGCAAAAACUGUCGCAUUGUUCUUGUAGAGAACAUCCCUGAAGACCUGUCCUAUUCGGACAAUGGCACUGCACAUCUGUCGCUCUAUCAGGGCCUGCUCAGCCUCCUGGAUUCAGCUGAAAAGACAGUGGAAAUCGUAUCUUCUCAUUGGGCCUUAAACAAUAUAGACCUGGAACAGAGUCAUCCUUCAACCUGGCAGAGCAAGCAGCUGUUUAAAAGACUACGUGGUUUGCAGUCUCAAGAAAAAAAUCUGAAAAUAGCCAGUGAUCUAAAGCAGAAGGAUUCCAAGGAACUGAAAGCUCUAGAAGCCAGUGGUGCUGACAUACACUUUCUGAACAUGACAGCCUUAACCAGAGGCAAUCUGCGCUCCUCUUUCUGGGUUGUGGACAAGAAGCACAUGUACAUUGGCAGUGCAAGCAUGGAAUGGCACUCCAUGGCACAGAUGAAAGAGCUUGGUGUUAUUAUCUACAACUGCAGCUGCUUGGUGUUGGAUUUGCAUAGAAUAUUUACCCUUUAUUGGCAACUGGAAUACAAAGACUUUGUCCCAGCAAAGUGGUCCAAGAGGGUGUUUGCCUUAUCCAGUAAAGUGGAGCCCCUCAAACUGCACCUCAACGACUCAAAGGCUGAGGCUUUUUUAUCAAGUUCUCCAAGCAUCUUUUGCGCUAAUGACAGAACCAAAGAUAUUGAUGCCAUUAACAGAGUUAUUUCUGAUGCCAAGAGGUUUAUCUAUGUGUCCAUAAUGGACUACCUGCCUCUGGUCAACAUAGGUUCUCACAGUUCAGGAAGCACACAACCAAACAGAUAUUGGUCCCGUAUAGAUGAAAUGCUCAGAGAGGCUCUGUUAUUGCAUAACAUCAAAGUACGCCUGCUUAUAAGCUGCUGGAAGCAAACGCAUCCCUUAACUUUUAACUUUGUUUGGUCUUUGAAGACCCUCUGCACUGAGAUACCGGACUGCAGUUUAGAAGUGAAAUUCUUCUGCAUGACAGAACAGAAGAAUGCUACUUUUCCUAAAAUAAAUCGAAACAAAUUCAUGGUGACUGACCGAGCAGUUUAUAUUGGAAACAACGACUGGAUUGGAAAUGACUUCACUUACAACGCAGGCGUAGGUCUUGUCAUCAGUCAAGCAGAGGUGCUGUCAAACUCCACAAUUGUUGAGCAACUAAAGGCUGUGUUUGAACAGGACUGGUACUCCUGGCAUGCCAAAAGUUUACACGCAAAUACGAUCCCCGAGUGCAUUAAGCACAAAAUGAACCACACAGCAACACUUAAGGUCCCAUAAGACAAUGGGGAGAAAAAUGUAUAAACAUUAAGACUUGCGUAAGUCCAGCAGUGAAUGGAUUUCACUUCUACUACCAGAAAAAAGGAAAAGAAAAGGAAGCUAUUUUUAACCUGCUUUUAUCAUGUGUCUUUUUCCUCAGUGAGGAUUUGCAUUUUCACUUUUGACAUCCAUUAUUAAAAAUAUGUUUUAAUUGUGGCCUGCCAGAAUGGAGUCUAGGUGAUGGAAAUUGAUCCUUCCAGUUGAUAACAAGUGGAAGGAUCUACAUAUUCUGCAGAGAACAUUGGUGCGAUUGGCCUUGACAACUGCAAAGGGGCCUGAUAUCAUAAUUACGUGACACAGAUUAACAUGUUCUCUGAUUACUGUACUUGAAAGUAUUCUAACAAGACAAAGUCUGUUUAAUAUCUUGUCUGUGGUGUUGCCAUGGAAAAGAACACCAGGUAAAUUGAUUUGUCAAAACCAAUUACUUAAUUAACCAUCAAAGUUCUCAAAUGCAGCAUGUAAAAAGGCAUCAUAAAGUAAAUCAGUAAAACAAUUUGCAUGUCUCAUGACAAAUAAGCAGCUGAUUACGAACCAAAACAUGGCUGCCCAAUCUCAAAUCAUCCAUAACAUAAAGGCAGCCAUUUUCAAAGCCAUUAGCUUCCUGAGGAAUUCAAAGAGAAGCUUUUACAAUGUCAGCAUUUCUAACAAACAGUACCAGCUUGGAAGAAAAAUUCAGAGAAAAACAGGUGUGAGUAACUGAAAAUGAGAAUCAGCACAUAACUGUAAUGCUCUGUGUGAUGGCAGACGGAUGCAAACUGCCUCCAUAUGUGUAAUUGAGGUUGAAUCUUUGUAAAUGCAUGUUUAUUUUUUCCUCAAAAUGAGGGUGGGAAAUUUGGGCUACAUCUUAAAUUCAGAGGAAUAUUAUAUUUCUUUACAUGGUAAUACAUGUUAUAAAAAACAAUUGAUGGUAACUGGUUUUAUUGUAACAAUAGAUCUUUUUUUAUUAAUCAAUGUUUUAUCGUUUUUUUAUGAACUAUAUAAACUAAUCCAUAUUUCAGAACAUUUAAUCCUAUAAAAACAUCUUUUGCACAACUGUUACUAAAGAUACCUAAUGGGGUGAUUAUGUGGUCUGUUCAACUGAUCUACUUGAAUUAAAGAGCAUGCAUUAUAGUAUAUUUAUAUCUAUAAAGUGGGUCCUAUUUUAAACUUCAGUGGUAUUUAGAUCAUGUAAUAAUUAUCUUUGUGUUCUUUGUUAAAAAUUAAACAUUAUAUUAAUUGUGCCAGUUGACCCUUUGUCAUAUCUUUGCUUUGAAUGACAUCUAUCGAAGCCUAUUAAUAGUUCUUUUGGUUUAAUGAACCUGAUUAAACA